GCUAAGUCCACCAAUUAGUAAUGGAAAUUAGUUAAUAUAGUUUAAUUUCGUCACCACUAUAAUCAGUACAAAUAUAUAACAGGCCCAAGCCCAAGCCCACUACUCUCUCUCUCCCACUCUCUCUAUGAAAACGUUCAACGGUCACUUGUGAGCCACAAAACCAAAGCUUAGCGGAGAAAUCUGAGGAAACAUUGUCUGAGUUUUCAAAAUUGUGAAAUCGAUCGAUGCAUCAAAGAGGAAAAUCCAACAACCGUAGAUGAAGGAGCUUCUCUAGAUCCAGACUCGCCGUUGAAGGCCACUGAAUUCUCCCACAUUUCUAUAUCUCUUCUUGAUCGUCUUCUUCCUUCGUUCCCCUUUUCGAGUUUUGUUUUUCCGACGACCUCUCUUAAUAAUUAAUGGCGACACCUUACAAGAAAGAGAGAGAUAUCCAAAAGAGCUAUUGGAUGGAGCACUCAAGUGAUUUGACUGUUGAGGCUAUGAUGCUUGACUCCAAAGCUUCUGAUCUCGACAAAGAAGAACGUCCUGAGGUGCUCUCUUUAAUCCCACCGUAUGAGGGGAAAACGGUGCUGGAGCUUGGAGCUGGGAUCGGUCGUUUCACUGGUGAACUGGCUCAAAAGGCCGGUGAAGUUAUCGCCCUUGACUUCAUCGAAAGCGCGAUUCAGAAGAAUGAAAGUGUCAAUGGGCAUUACAAGAACGUCAAGUUUAUGUGUGCUGAUGUGACAUCACCAGACCUGAAGAUCGCAGAUGGGUCUGUCGACUUGAUUUUCUCAAAUUGGUUGCUCAUGUAUCUCUCUGACAAAGAGGUUGAACUUUUGGCAGAGAGGAUGCUUGGAUGGGUAAAGCCAGGUGGAUACAUUUUCUUCAGAGAAUCUUGCUUCCAUCAGUCUGGAGACAGCAAGCGAAAAUCUAACCCCACCCAUUACCGUGAACCAAGAUUCUAUACAAAGAUUUUCCAAGAAUGCCAGUCACAUGAUGCUUCUGGCAAUUCAUUUGAACUCUCUAUGGUUGGUUGCAAAUGCAUUGGUGCGUAUGUGAAGAACAAGAAGAACCAAAAUCAGAUUUGCUGGAUUUGGCAAAAAGUCAGCUUGGAGAAUGACAAAGACUUCCAGCGUUUCUUGGACAACGUUCAGUACAAGUCCAAUGGGAUCUUGCGGUACGAGCGUGUCUUUGGUCAAGGAUAUGUUAGCACUGGUGGAUUUGAGACAACAAAAGAGUUUGUGGCGAAGAUGGAACUUAAACCGGGACAGAAAGUGCUAGACGUUGGUUGUGGUAUCGGUGGAGGUGACUUCUACAUGGCUGAGAGUUUCGAUGUUCAUGUUGUUGGAAUCGAUCUAUCUGUUAACAUGAUCUCUUUCGCACUGGAGCGUGCCAUUGGACUCAAAUGCUCAGUCGAGUUUGAAGUCGCGGACUGUACCACAAAGACAUAUCCUGAUAACUCUUUUGAUGUUAUUUACAGCCGUGACACUAUUCUGCAUAUCCAAGACAAGCCGGCUCUGUUUAAGACAUUCUUCAAGUGGGUUAAACCAGGCGGUAAAGUUCUCAUCACUGACUAUUGCAGAAACGCUGAAACUCCAUCUCCUAUAUUCGCAGAGUACAUCAAACAAAGAGGAUAUGAUCUUCAUGAUGUUCAAGCUUAUGGACAGAUGCUGAAAGACGCAGGCUUUGAGGAUGUGAUCGCUGAGGACCGUACUGAUCAGUUUGUACAAGUCCUGAGGCGUGAGUUAGAGAGAGUGGAGAAAGAAAAGGAAGAGUUCAUCAGUGACUUCUCAGAAGAGGAUUAUAAUGACAUUGUCGGAGGAUGGAAAGCAAAGCUUGAAAGGAGCACUUCUGGUGAACAAAAAUGGGGAUUAUUCAUCGCCAACAAGAAGUAAAAUCCAAAAUGGUUUUACCCCAAAAACUCUAUAACAUGUGUCCUCUCGUGAUUCUUCUCCCUUAAUAAAAUUGUUCCUUAAGAGGACAAUGCUUGCUUUUGUUUUACUAUCUUGUAACAGUAAAUCGUAAGAAAAACUGUGUUGUUUCCGGUUUUUUUACUCCAGUCUUUGUGCCUCAUAAAAUCUGCAUUGCUCUGUGCCUUAUAAAAUAUUACUAUUAAUCACAAGAUUCACGAUGGCAAGAAAAUGACUCAAAAGAUCAGAAAUUUCAGUACAACGAUGAACAUUUGCACUUGGACGAAGUGACGUCGUUUGGGUAUUCGGCGAAACAGUGGGUUUGGGCCUAUUGUAAUUGGGCCCUCCCCCAAUAUUCACCAAUCUUCCUCCUGAGUGAGUCAUUGUCGUCCUGCUCGGAAACUGGACACAUUUUCCGGCGGCGAUUCGUCGUAAGACACCCAAUCGUCAACCAACUUGGCCUGCGACAUCAUUUUUAUAAGAGUCUGUGGAUCAAACAUCUUAACCCAGGCCUUAAUUUUUGGUUUCAGCCCGGUCACAAACAACAUUUUUAACACGUUUUCCGGAAACUCCGGCGCUUUAGAGGCCAAGGCGACGAACUCCUCACAAUAGCUCUUCACCGUAUCUUCCUGGCGUAGCUUCAUCAAUCGUUCUCCCGCCGUCGUGUCACGGGAUGUGGCGAUCUCCUCCAAGACCCAAGUUUUCAUCUGGUCCCAACUGAGAAAAGGAUUACGCGCUGUCUCACACCGAUACCAGAACAGAGUUUCAUCAUCGAAGCUCAUCCUCGCCGCCUGUAACUUUUCCUCCUCCGUGAAGCUGCCAAGGUCGAAGUACUCCUCCACCCUGAGCACCCAGCCCUCGGGGUUUUCACCAUCGAAGAGAGGUAUCGACAGCUUGCGCAUCAACACACUGAGUCGACUCAUCUGCUUCUUCAUCUCUUCCAGGUUUAACUCCAUGGAAGCGAUCUUCCCAACAUCCUUUUGCAGGACCUCCACCGUUUUCUCCAGUUCGGCGAUCUUCGAUGGAGCCAUCUUCUCCGCAGAUUCGUUUGCUCUGAUACCAGCUUUGUAAAACGUGUAAAGUAGCCUAAUAAGGAAAAAAGAUACUGCUUGAUAUUAAUUGAAAUAUAUGGUAAUGUUUGGCUCUUUAGACCAUCUUUACUUGUGUGAUAUCAGUUUUAUCUCAAUUGUUGGCUUUGCUCUUAAGAGUUAAGCACAAGUAUAUGUUGUUGGUCACCGGUUCAGUUGGAUCAAGAUAAAAUGGAAUCAACAUUUGCUUCACCAGUAGUCUCCACAAGAACAUGAACCAUCCUUAAAAUGGUGAAACCUGUUAUUAUCCCUCAGAAUAAUCAAUCUCCCUGUGAUUUUCGCCAUAUACUUGAUGGCAUUAUGACAGUCCUCACACACACGCAGAUUCUUUAUCACGCGGAUUGGUUUCCCUGGAGACACACGCAUUAUCCCAUACGCUACUGCGAGUCUUUCGCUAUGGUACCGAACCAUACGCUCCUUCUCUUCCUCUUCCACAUCAUGAAGAACCACACUCGUCUUCGAAACAUACCCUGCUUUCUUCAUCCUCAGAUCAAGAUCCUCCAAAAACGCAUAGAUCUCGUCUUUCUCGGGAUGUAACUCAUCCCCAACCGAGAACGUAUGAGUCUCGUUCUGAAUCUCAAUCCAACUGUACCCUGUAACUUUCUUCACCCCUUUGUCCCGCAUUCUCACUCGCAGUUUACCCACAUCUCCCCAUCGACCGGAAGAAGCGUAUAGGUUGGAGAGAAGCACAUACAUUCCGGAAUUUUCAGGCUCCAUUGCGAAAAUCUUAUCUGCAGCUGUUUCAGCUAGCUCUGUGUUUCCAUGGACUCUGCUUGCACCGAGUAAAGUUCCCCAUAUUGCACCGUCUGGCUCAAAGGGCAUGUUUUUCAUUAGACUGUGAGCUUCUUCUAGAAGACCAGCUCGACCAAGAAGAUCGACCAUACAAGCAUAGUGAUGUGAGUUAGGAGUUACGCCAUAGUCUUGAGUCAUCCUGUAGAAAUAUUGCCUUCCUUUGUCCACAAGUCCUGUGUGACUGCACGCAGAUAAUACCGCAACCAUAGUAGCAUCAUCAGGCUUGAGUCCUUCUCUCUUCAUCGACUCAAAGAACCUUAAAGCCUCUUCUCCGAACCCGUGCCUUGAAUAGCCUGAAAUCAUCGUAUUCCAAGAGACAAUGUCCCUCCCAGACAUCUCCUCGAACAAGUCAUUGGCUUCUUCUAUGCUUCCACAUUUGCAAUACAUCAACAAAAGCGCGUUCCCAACAAAGCACCCAGUCUCAUACCCGCCUUUCACCAGUCGUCCGUGCAAUUGCUUCCCGAGCUCAAGAGCAACAACGUCUGCACACGUGCUUAGAGCAGAUGAGAACGAAGACCGGUUCAACCUCCCGCCUUCUCUCUCCAUUUGUACAAACAAACGCAGAGCUUCAUAGCCAUGUCCGGUUUGCGAAUACCCUGCAAUCAUAGCAGCCCAAGAAACCGGAUCUCUCUUAGGCAUUUUGUCAAAGAGGUUCUUGGCUUCAGAGACAUCGCCGCACUGAGCAUAUCCAGUUAUCAUCGUGUUCCAAGUACUAACAUUUCGAAAAGGCAUAACAUCGAACAAUUCCUUCGCCAUCUCCAUUCUCUCGCCCUGCACAUAUCCUGCAAGCAUCGCAUUCCACGAUACUUCGUUUCUCUCCGGCAUUUUGUCAAAUAACUCUCUCGCUUCUUCCACCAUUUUGUUCUGUACAUAUCCUGACACCAUUGCUGUCCACGUAAAAACGUCUCGAACAGGAGACUCGUCGAAUAGCUUCCGCGCCUCAUCGAUCUUCCCGUCCUGUGCAUAACCACUGAUGAUCGUAUUCCAUGAAACCACAUCUCUCACAUUCAUACCGUUAAAAAACUUUCUUGCCUCGACAAUCUUCUUCUUCUUAACAAACCCACCAAGCAAGCAGUUCCAAGAAACCAAUGCCCAAUUCUCUCUUGACUCAAACAAUCUACAAGCUUCCUCCAUCCUACUGUUCUGCACAUACGCAGAGAGCAAUGCGUUCCACGAUACUUCGUUCUUCUGAGGCAUUCGAUCAAAAACUCUCCUUGCCUCAUCAACACACCCGUUCUGAGCGUAUCCAGACAAUAUCGUAUUCCACGAACAAACAUCCCUCUCAGGCAUUCUCUCGAACAACUCCCUCGCUUUUUCAAGAUUCCUGUUCCGCACAUACCCUUUGAUCAUCACAUUCCAUGAAACAAAAUCUCUCUCAGGCAUUUCGUCGAACAGUUUCCUUGCGGUUUCAAACUCGCCGUUUCUCAAGUAGCCAGAGAUCAUGGCGUUGUAAGAUACUGAGCUCCACCUAGGCAUGCGCUCGAAGACACGAAGCGCUUCGUCGCACCUUCCAUUGCGCAUGUAGCUGCUUAUAGCUACAUUCCACUGUUUUAUAUCCGCGUCCCCAGAUUUCAGGAGAGGUUUACUCUGCCGGUUCUGGAUUUGGGUUUGAUUUCUUUUCGUUGAAGAGUGAAAAUUUUCUUCACCGUUCGCUUUGGAUGUUGAUUUGAGUCCAUUGAAGGAAGAUGUAUGUUGCUUCUGAGCUCUCCACGAGAGAACGCAAAGCUCUUCUAGCCGUUUGUUCCCGCGCAUCGCAUUGAUCUUAGGAACAGAAGGGUUUAUAUAAUUACUGAUUCUGGAAUAUUGAUCUCUGGGUCUACCACCGGAGAAGCUGCUUACGCCGCCGUGUAAAUUGAAAGAGAAACCGAAAAU